CCCCCCCCCCCGCCCCCCCCCCCCCCGUCCCCCAACACCCCCUCACCGCCGCUCGCUGCCCCCCUCACCGCCGCUCGCUGUCCCCCAACACCCCCUCACCGCCGCUCGCUGCCCCCCGCACAUCCGCCACCCAGGCCCCAGCAGCAGCUCUGUUUGCCAAGGACGCAGCUGAAGCCAGCCUGGACGUGA